CAUGUCCUCUGGCUUCACAGGGCUAUUGGAGAGAAGACGUGAGAAACAUGAGAAGACUUGCAACCCUACCCAGCCUUCGGCCAGAACGCCACGCCCCCUCCCAACCCGCCAACUCCGCCCUCUGCCCAAUCUCCCCAACCCGCCAACUCCGCCCUCUGCCCAAUCUCCCCGACCCACCCUCCGCAAACUGACGUCACCCAGCUGAUCCUCCCGAGCCUACUCUAAACCCUCCAACCGUCCCAGCACAAUCGCUUUUCCGGGCUACUCUGAGAAUUCUGUCCUCCCCUCCCUCCCCCGCUCGCCCCUGCCCUGCUCACUCACUAGCGCAGCGUAUGGUCCGCCAUGGGGUUGGAGUGAGCCCGCUGCCGAUAGUAGCGCUUCUGAGGCUGAGGGGCCUCGGCUCCUGCUGCGGCGUCCCCAGUCUCCGUUCCCGCCAUGAUCCCCAGCCCGGGUUUAACCACCGAACCCACGUGGAGACCGAGGCUCAAGGCGCACGAGAAUGACGCACGAAGGCACGUAGUGAGCAGAGCCCACCCCUUAAAGCCCCAGGAGUGAAUUCUGCCGGGCUGGGCAGGGAGGACCGCAGAGGGGCCGCGCGGGAGGGCGCCUCCGCGCCGCUGGUCUUUAACUGGGCUGGCAAGGCCAGACCCGCACCCAGCCUCUUUCCUUAGCCUGCUUCUGUUUGGUCUGGGUUACCACCCCGGUUGCAGGCCCCCGUGCACCCCGCAGGUGAGAGGGGUCCAGGGACCCCGCUUCCUACGGUGAAUUAAUCCUCCCUCCUCUCCCCUUCUCCCGCUCUCCGAGCAGUCGACCGGGUCUGACCCCCGUGGUCCGGCGUGAGUCCCAUCGUGUGUGCGCUGGGGACCGGAGCUACGGAGGCAGCUCCUCAUUCCACCUCCAGGAAGUCAAACUGGAGGAAGGAGGGCAAACUCGGGGAGGCGGGGCUCGGUGCCACUGGGCAGCCGAGACGGCCCGCGGUCCUCAACCCCCACGAUCCGGGAUCCGAGCACUGGCCGGCGUCCGGGCACUCUCGCGGCCAGAUGGCGGACCCCCGCCCAGAUCCUGAAUCAGAGCCUGAAUCCGUGUUCCCACGGGAGGUCGGACUCUUCGCCGACUCUUACUCGGAGAAGAGCCGGUUCUACUUCUGUGGGCACGUGCUGAGCAUCACGGAGAACUUCGGGUCCCGCCUCGGGGUGGCAGCGCACGUGUGGGACGCGGCUCUAAGCCUGUGCAACUAUUUCGAGAGUCAGAAUGUGGAUUUCCGAGGCAAGAAAGUGAUCGAACUGGGCGCUGGGACGGGCAUCGUGGGUAUCUUGGCAGCGCUGCAGGGGGGUGAUGUUACCAUCACUGACCUGCCCCUGGUCCUAGAACAGAUCCAGGGCAACGUCCAGGCCAAUGUGCCGGCUGGAGGCCGGGCCCAGGUCCGCGCCUUGUCCUGGGGGAUUGACCAGCAUGUCUUCCCUGGAGACUAUGACCUGGUGCUGGGGGCUGAUAUCGUGUAUCUGGAGCCCACCUUCCCACUGCUGCUGGGGACCCUCCAACACCUGUGCGGGCCCCAUGGCACCAUCUAUCUGGCUUCCAAGAUGAGAGAGGAGCACGGGACAGAGAGCUUCUUUCAGCACCUCCUGCCCCAGCAUUUCCAACUGGAGCUGGCCCAGCGGGAUGAGAAUGAGAAUGUUAACAUCUAUAGGGCCAGGCACAGGGGACCAAGACCUGCUUGAUGUCACCCAUCUGCUCCUCUGAACACCUUGUUCUAAUGAAGGAACUGCCAUAUGUCCAGAGCUAUAAACAUAAGGACCAAAAACGAUGGAUUUCCCUUGCCGCUGUCUUUCCUCCUUCGCUUUUUGUUUCCUGAGAUACACUUGGGCAGGUGCAGGGAGGUGCUACGUGCUAGGCAUACUAGAGCCCUAGCUGUACUGGGCUAGAGUGCAAAGGAAAUUCCCAGUUCCUGUUCUCAGCAGAGGAAGAUGGGAGGGUAUCCAGGAUUUUAGGGGAAGGGGAGGUAAGUGGGAUGUGUGAACAGUGGCUGCAGAGAGACAGUCAUGAUCCUGUCUAGUCCUGCUGUUGUCUUUUUAUACAGAAUGGAUGAUUUUUUUUCCAGAUUCUACUGGAAUUUUUUAAAAAGGAAAAUAAAUAAGCAUUGAAGAUCUCUUCUGCAUCCAGAGAACUCGGGCUUUUACUGGGGGGCUGGGAAGCAAGAAACCUCUGACCACCCACUUCUUGCUUCUAGAGAUAGUCUGGUGGAACCAUGGCUCUAACUGGGUCAAGUCCUCCCAGCCCUGAAGUUGGGGAUAGGCAGCAGAGCUGUCCUUUGGACCUUAGCUCCUUCACUCUUUUUGGAGUUGCAGCCCUGAUCACUAAGUACCAGGUUCUCUUUGAUUUUUCUUUAGGUUUCCAGUCCCUGUCAGUCCUUCCUUCCUAAUGUGUUUUGCCUUCACCUCUUUUCUCCUCCCACUGUGGGGCCUCUGACGGGGGCUCUCCUGCCUUACUCCUUGGGCCACGCAUCACCUCCUGGGGCCUCCUGGCCUCCAUUCACUCCCCUUCAAACCAUUUUGUAAACUCUGGUGAUCUUCCAAAAUCAGCUCUGAUUAGCUUCUGCUGCUGCCCAACAGAAGCAAGAAUAAGCUCUUCUGCUUGGUACUCAGUGUGUCCCGUGUGAUCCCAAAUUAUCCUUCUACUUCAUUUCCUACUGGCUUCCUACAUGUAUUGCAACCUCUGGCCAAAUUACAAAAGGUCUACUCUUUGUUCCCUAAAUCCACACCAAGAUUCCCUGCCUUCUUCCUUCAUUCUUUUUGAUGAUUCCCUGCCUAGAAGGACUAUUUCUACCUCUCAAAAUCUUCAUUACCCUUAGCUUCUCUCCUGAAAAAAGCUUUUCCUGAGCCUCCUGUUUGAAUAUGAUUUCUUUCUCCCUUGAGACGCUUUAACUAACUGUUCGUCUUGUGAGGCUUACCUUGUCUUGUGUGAUCAUUUGUCUGCUCCCUGUUUUCUCACCAUUAGAUUACCUUGGAGGGCAGGGCUAUGGUUCCUGGCACACAGUUGGUGUUCAUCAAAUAUUUUUGUUCAUUCAACAAAUAUUUACUCCUCCUCCCUAUGUGACCUUGGCCAAACUUCUGAACCCACCCAACUACCUCACAAGUUUGUCAUAAGUCAUAAAUGGAUAAUGAAUAUGA